AUGUUGUGUUCUUGGAUUGUAUUUUUGGCGGGAAUAAACCAAACAGACGAUUAUGGUGGAUGUAUAGCCGUUGCCGUAUUACUCCAUUAUUUCAUAUUAGCUUCCUUUAUGUGGAUGUUAAUGGAAGGUAUCCUACAAUACUUGUUGUUUGUCAGGGUUCUUGGAACCUACUUUGAAAACUACAUGUGGAAGACUGCUAUUUCGGCAUGGGUAUUACCUUUAGUCCCGAUUAUUGUUAUGUUAGCUAUUGAUAUUGAUCUGUACAAUGGUGGUAAUACUUAUUGUUGGAUGUCAUUAACUGGGUUUUAUUAUGGAUUCUCUAUCCCAGUUGGGGUUAUUAUACUAGCUAAUAUUAUCAUAUACAUCAUGGUAACUUGUAGUAUAUGUAACAGACGGAAUAUUAAUACUGGCGAUUCGAAAUCAACUUCCAGAUCAACUCUCACCAAUAUUAGAGCUUCCUUCUGCUGUUUCAUCAUUUUAGGUAGGUUCAGUUGGAUUUUUGGUUUCCUUGCAAUAUCAGAUGCCAGAUUAGUAUUCCAGUAUAUAUUUACUAUCAUCAAUUCUAUACAAGGUUUCCUCAUAUUUGCACUCUUCACCCUGAGAGAUAAGAAUGUCCGUGACUACUGGCAAGAACUGUGUUGUUAUAGGUCGAAAUUUAAUGGACAAUCUAGUAAACAAAGGACCAAGACUAGUUCCGAAUCAGCAGCGAAAAACUCCAGUGAUUUGACUUUCUCAGAUGUAAGAAAAAACAGCACUACUGUGAACGACAUUAACAGCAACGAUCAACGACAAGAGCCAUAUACACAGCAAUUGUAA